UGCGCAGACGUUUUACGCACGCAAGCGCGCUAGGCACUCUAUACUUACCGCAAAAAAAAAACGAGACCACCCAUCACCAUAUACAUCCGCCCAGUCAUGCUUGAGUAUCUGGCCUCGUCUGACCAUCUGUCAGCAGUAAACCCGAAAUGUGGAAACGCUAUUGACGGAACUAACGGAAUUUCUCAGCGCCCAGAAAAGAACGAUACAAUCCAAUUCGUGACACAGAAUUCAACCGCGUAUUAAAUUUGAACUAAUAAAAGAAGAAAGAAACAUUUAAUAGAGCUGAUGGAAGGCUCAUCGAAGACGAGCAGACACGAAAGCGAUUUCAAUUACGCCGUGCAAGUGACUCGCGUUAUCCUACGGAUGAUCGGCGCGUGGCCGAUUCCCAAUUACGCUUCCAUUGUGGAAAGAAUCGCGACCCGCUUAAAAAACAUCAUUUGCUACUUUCUAUUCGCGUUCAUCAUCGUGCCGGGUCUCCUGCGGGUAUUCCUGAAGGAACAUGAGUUCAAACGUAGAGUCAGAUUGCUCGCGCCGAUCCUAAAUUGUUGGAUGGGUUGCUUGAAGUACAGCUUGCUCCUGUACCACGCGAGAGAGAUCCAAUCUUGUCUGAAUCAAGCGUGGCAGGAUUGGAGUGAUGUGGGCGAUUGGGACGAUCGGAAAGUGAUGCUGUCCAAAGCAAAAUUAGGCCGGAAGUUUGCGAUUUAUUCCGCUGUCUUUAUGUACGUCGGUGGAUUGUCUUACCGCACUCUCGUGCCGCUCUCAAAGGGUCGUAUGCUCACGCCGAUGAACAUCACGGUGAGAGCGUUGGCCUGUCCGAGCUACUUCAUCAAGUUCGAUGGAGAGGUCUCGCCCGCAUACGAAAUCGUCUUCACUCUGCAGUUCUUCGCAGGAUUAAUCACGUAUUCGGUAAGGGUCGGCGCAGCCGGAUUAGCCGCGUUUUUCAUCAUGCACGUUUGCGGACAACUGGGCGUUUUAAUCGGCAAGCUGCAACGGCUCAAUGAUAUGCCCAAUGAUCGUGAAAUCGCGAUAUUGCUGGCUGAUAUCGUGGAGCAUCAGAUAAAAGUGAAAAAUUUCCUGAAACAAGUAGAGAAAACUAUGCGAUAUGUAUGGUUAGUGGAGAUAAUGGGCUCUGCUAUGCUCUUGUGUCUUUCGGGAUACUACAUUAUUAUGGAAUGGGAGAAUAGUAAUUCAACAGCUAUGUUAACUAUGUCUGUAAUGCUUACAUCUUUCACCUUUUCUAUUUUUACUAAUUGCUACGUUGGUCAACGGUUGACAGAUCAGAGCAUCAAAGUUGGGAUAACGACGUCCACGAUGAAUUGGCAUCACUUUCAAUACAAAAGGGCCCGCACUUUAGUCCUGAUAAUGGUAGUUUCCAAUAUUCCGGAGAAAAUCUCGGCAGGAAGGAUUGUAGAAAUGUCCCUACCUACAUUCAGCAACAUCGUUAAAACAUCGAUGGCAUACUUUAAUCUGCUUCGAAAAUUCACAUAAUUGUAAAAUAAUGAUCAACAAUAUAGUAGAUUAUUAAUCUGUAAUUAAUACUAUUUGACUGCAUAUCAUUGGGCUGAAUGAAUGAGAUAAGCAACCAAUUUAUUUUAAUCUUCAUCUUUCCCUUUCCUUUUCAUGA